GGUCUCCGGUAUCCCCCCGUGAUUAGCGUUGAUGAAAGAGGAAAUCGCUGAGGAUUAUAAUUGGGGCGGAUCGUUAGCGUAGAGGAGGCGGAGAAGUUAGUUUCGGAGAAGCGGAGGCACCCUAAUUCCACCGCCUUUUUUCCUUUGCUUCUCCGAUUCUUCUUCAUCGUGGUCCCGAUCGCGCCGGGGUUUCGGAGUCGUUGACCUCGUAUGGGAAUCGGUGAGAUCGUCGUCGAUCCAUGGGAUUGAUCGAUCGCUUCUAGAGUUUUUAAUCUCCUCGCUACCAGUUCGAUCUUUGUGGAUCCCAAGAUCUCCUCCCCUGUUGAUGUAUCUUCUCCUCCCCGGGGCCGAUUCGGAUGCGAAGGAACCCUACCAGUUUCUUGGCAUUCGCCCCCCGCCUCCGCGCUCCUUCCUUGGGAAAGACUUCUUCUUUUGCCUCCCCAGAGAUCGAUGGGAUAAGGAGUUCGCCAAAUUGCAAGCGGGGUAACUAGACAUCUACGUUCCCUCCGCUUUUAGUUACAUAUAUAGCGCUAUUUAGGUUCUGGUUCCGUUUGGAUUGGGAAUAUGGAUUCGUCCCAAGGAUCGACGAUGACAUCCGCAGCAGCGGCUGCGAAGGUGGAUGUAUCUGUGGUGGAUUUGUUGCCGGUUUAUGUUAAGGAGUUGAUCGCCGGUGGAGCCGCUGGGGCGUUCUCGAAGACUGCAGUAGCACCCCUUGAGCGCAUUAAGAUAAUAUUGCAGACAAGAACCGAAGGGUUUAAAUCUCUUGGGAUUUUACAAUCUUUGAGGAAGUUGUGGCAACAUGAGGGCUUCUUUGGAUUCUAUAAAGGAAAUGGUGCUAGUGUGCUCCGAAUUGUACCUUAUGCAGCACUACACUUCAUGACAUAUGAGCAGUAUCGUUGUUGGAUUCUGAAUAAUCAUUCUUCAUUUAUCUCGGGACCAUUUGUUGAUCUUCUAGCUGGUUCAGCUGCUGGUGGGACUGCUGUUUUGUGUACCUAUCCAUUAGAUUUAGCUCGGACUAAGCUGGCUUAUCAGGUAAACAGUCCAGGGAGAUUGAGUAGUGGUCUAAGAAUGUUUAGUCCUCAGCCUGCUUAUACUGGUAUUGGAGAUGUGUUUAAGAAGGUCUACAUGGAAGGUGGGAUACGUUCUCUAUAUCGAGGAGUAGGUCCUACGCUUAUUGGUAUCCUUCCUUAUGCUGGUCUGAAAUUUUAUAUAUAUGAAGAUCUCAAGGCUCGGGUACCUGAAGAAUACCAAAAGUCUGUAGUUCUACGCCUCUCAUGUGGGGCUUUAGCUGGUUUAUUUGGGCAGACUCUCACUUAUCCACUAGAUGUGGUCAGGAGACAGAUGCAGGUUCAAAAUCAGCAAUCGCUAAAUCACCCAGGUGCUCCACUCAUCAGGGGAACAGUCCAAGGGCUUUCAUUCAUCCUCCAUACUCAGGGAUGGAGGCAACUAUUUGCUGGUCUGAGCCUCAACUAUGUCAAGGUUGUUCCUUCGGUAGCCAUAGGGUUUACAGCAUAUGACAUGAUGAAGACUUUGCUAAGAGUACCGCCUCGAGCAAAAUCUUCGGCUCCUUCGGCUGCAUAAAGGAUUUGUAUCCAAUAUUGAUGCUCUAUUCUCUCACUUAAACAAUGGAACCAUGGCAUGAGGAUUGGCUUAAUCAUUCGGAGAACCUUUAGCAACUAUGCAUUUGAGUUUCUCUCGGGAUAAAAAAAUAUGCAUGUUAAACUAUGUCUACCACUUACAGAUGGCAUAUAUGAAUAUGUGACAGCGUCAGCUAAACAAUUGUAUUCAUAUCUGCUUUAAUAUGUAUUCACAACUAUCAUGGAAAUAUUGAAUACAGAACGAACUUAAUUGAUUUGGGAGCAAGAAUCUUUAUCCUUCA